AAAGUCCUGCCAAAGUCUUUGGAUUCCCAUCAUCGACGUCUACUGCAGAGCAAUUUUUCGUUUCUUAAUUUGGACACAUUAUUGGAAGCGUUAUAGAGUGAGAGAUUCGUUGUUCCCUUGCGUUUUUCUUUUUGUUGGGGAGAUAACCUUGGAUAGACCUUGACGACUAUAUAGGGAGCCUCGGAGUCAGAAAAGAAGCCCAUACUCUGAUACUCAGGCGGAGCAUCAAAAGGUUAGUUGGGCCAUGGAACAAGGACCACCUCCGCCAGCAGAAGCACCAAGCGCUUACCCUUACCCUUACCCACCCUCGGGCUUGGCUUAUGCUAAUCCUGGUUCGGUGAUUGGCCCUCAGUACUGCUGCCCUCAACCUGUUGAUCUAGCUAUCGUCAGAAAGGUUUUGACCAUUACGGAGGGCAAUUUCGCUGUCACGGACAUGAAUGGAAAUAUCAUGUUCAAAAUCAAAGGCAAAUUUUUAAGCAUCCACGACCGCCGACUCUUACUUGAUGCUGCCGGAAAUCCCAUCUGCACUCUUCGACCCAAGAUAAUGACUGUUCAUGAUAGAUGGCAAAUUUUCAGGGGAGAAAGCACUGAAGAAAAAGAUGUCAUCUUCACUGUUAAGCGAUCAUCACUGAUCCAACUCAAGACCAAAUUGUAUGUGUUCUUGGCAAACAACCAAAAAGAGGAUGUUUGUGAUUUCAGGGUGGAAGGUAGUUGGCUGGAAAGAUCCUGCGUCGUAUAUUCUGGAGACUCUAACACAAUCCUGGCUCAAAUGCACAAAAAGCACAGCGUUGAAGGCGUGUUGCUCGGAAAGGACAAGUUUAUGGUCACGGUGUAUCCCAACGUGGAUUAUGCCUUCAUUGUGGCGCUCAUCGCGAUCCUUGACGGGAUUAACAAAGAAAGCGAUUCGGAGUGAUGGGAAUUUCAGAUGCAGACAUCAUAAUUUAAUUCAGCAAUCUUUAUGUACUAAAACUAGAAGCUAUAACUGUGUCAGUGUGUUAGAAUAAGGGAAGCGUUACUGCGUCGUUGAUGCUUUGGUUUGUUCUCUAAUUAGGAGUAUUUGCUGUCGGGUAAUUACCUUAAUUUUGGCUUUUCACUGCAAUAAACAUAUUAUUAAUCAAGAUGCCUACUGGCUGCUUCACUGUUU